AUGGCCCCAGGCGGCUGCAUCCGCUGCAGACGCCUGGUCCUGGCCGAGGCAGCCGAGAACCAGGGCUGGAACGCCCUCGGAAAUCGCCCCUGUAGGGGACAGUGUGCGCCGGGAAUGGGCCCACUAUCACAUGUGUCCGUCCAGCAGUUGUACACUGGUGCCGAAGCUCAGCGGGCCCUAGGAACGUGCCUUGAAGAUGUAGAUCACGGCUACAAGUCACUGCACAAGGAGGCCUUCCUCCUAGAGCUGGGAGCCAUCUGUGCAGUUUCACGCCUGGAGCUGUGCGGUUCCGAAGCUUUGCCGGAGAUGUUCGCCUGGGCGCACCUGGCGCCCGUGCUCGCUGCGGAGGCCGCCGCCGCGCGACGCGAGCUGGCGGAGGCCAUAGUCUUGAGCACGGACGAAGGGGCACUGGUGAACUACCACCCCACACGGAAACUCCUGCCGGACAUGUCCGGUCCCACGGUGACCUUUGCACUGGUCUUGGGUCUGAGGGAUCCGAAGGCAUACAGGAUGUUUUGCAUCAUGGAGGCAUUGUCAGGGACUGCAGCCCUCAUGCUGGUGGCAACCACUCUCCACAAGGAGCGCAGACCGCGCUCCCAGCUGGCGCAGUCGGAGACCGAAGAUGUGGCCAUGGAGCGAGAGCAUCAGCUGCAUGGUCUCGAUGCUGCUGGAGACUUUCAGCACACGCUGGUGAAUGUGAGCAGCUGUGGCCGAAGCACCAAAGGCCACGGCGAAGGACACGGGUAUUGCCCGGACGACCGGCGGCGGCACAGCAACUCGGCCAUCCUCGGAGGGGUCCUGGGCGCUGCCGGCUUGGUCCUCGCUCCGGUCUCAGGUGGAACUUCGAUGACGCUCUCCCUGACUGGCGCUGGCCUGGGCGUCGGCGCCGCGGCGGCCACACUGACGGCUGCGGUUGUCAAAGACGCUUAUGUCAAACACGCCUCGAAGCGAGUGAAAGAGACCUUGGAAGAGCUCCAGACAGACGAUGCCGUCUUGUGUCGUCUUGUGCACCAGCUGCAGGCGAACGCCGCCGAGCUCAUUGAGCUCUGCUGCAAGGAGCCGGCAGUUUUAGUGGAGAUACACAAGUGGGUCAAGCGAACCUACAAAGGUGCCAUGAUCGCGUACAAGACCUGCAAGAUCUACCGCGGGGUGAAGUCGGCUGUAUUUGCCGUCCGCAUCCUCGAAUUCAUUGAGGCGGACGUUCAGGUUCUGCGCGGCAUUGCGGCCGGCACUGCAGCACCUGGCUUCGAUCAUUCCAUCACCCGGCGGCUGGGUUUCACCGUGAAGACGGGUACGACAGCAGCCAAGGUGAUGUCGGCCACCAUGAGCUUCUUCAGUAUCGCCUUUGGGGUUUGGGACAUCAUCGAGGGUGCCAAAGACAUCAAUGGCUCGCAGCAUGCCAAGGCAUAUCGGCGCUGCCGCGAAGAGCUGACCAAGGCCACAGAGGAAAUGGACAACGCCAUCCUCGGCCUUCGAGAAAGAACCCGCGUGGAUCUUCGGAAAGGCUGA